CGGCUCUCCUCCAUUCCAUCGACGUCUUCUCCUACGUUCUCUAUCCUUCCACAAGUGCCGUCCAUCCUGCAUCGAAAAUCAGCCCAUGAGCUUGCAAUCUUCUAGAGCACAUCUCAUCGUAUCUGCAUCGCCGCUGCCGGCUGGCGUCUUGCCACCUUUGUUGGCUCUUGCGUUCCACGUAUCUGCGACCCAGAUAGGCCGCCCCUUAGGACUUGACUUGAUCAUCGGAUCCUGAUCGGAUCAUCCUUGACGAUAGUUUGGCUAGGACGUUUUGAACAGUAGCUACACAUUCGCAACCACACUUCCCCCAAAGCAUCGCCAUGAAGCCCGCGGCUGCCGAAAGUAAAAUGGACCACGUCGCACACUCUUCCGAUACCUCCUUCGUCAACAUGGCGAUGGAUCGGCCCGCAAAUGCCGUCGACGCUUCGCUGAAUUCCAUGGAUCCGAAGCAGUUCAGAAAAAUCCAAGCGCUCGCAAAGGACCCCGAACGCAUGGCCGAGGCGUACGGCGCGCAUGUGGGCACGCUCCAGGCCGUCUUGGAAAAUAAGUAUGUCGUCGCUUGUGCGCUCUUCGCGUCCUUGUCAGGACUGUGCUUUGGUGUCGACCAGGGAAUCAUGUCCGUCACGCUCGUCAUGCCUCACUUUCUCGAGCAGUUCCCCAAGACCGACAGCAGCGUGACGUCGAGCGCAGGUCUCUAUAAGGGCAUCAUCACCGCAUUCCUCGAGCUCGGCGCCAUCAUCGGAGCAGUCUUGGCGGGCUACGUCGCGGACCGCUUCGGCCGGAAGUUCUCCAUUCGCGUCGGCUUUGUGUGGUUCGUCAUUGGCGCGGUGUUACAGACGGCCUCGUUCGACUACCCCCAGCUAGUCGCCGGCCGCACCGUCAGCGGGUUGGGCAUCGGGCUGCUUUCCGCCUCCGCUCCGCUGUACAUGGCAGAAGUAAGCCCGCCGCACAUUCGUGGGGUUAUUCUCGCUGGUGAAGAGUUUGCCAUCGUGUUUGGCAUCUGCAUUGCCUUCUACGUAACUUAUGGCACGCGGUACAUCGAGAGCGACUGGUCGUUCCGCGGUCCCUUCAUUCUGCAGAUGGUCCCUGCCUUCCUGCUUAUUGCCUUGAGCUUCCUGCUCCCCGAGUCGCCGCGCUGGCUCGCCUCGCGUCCGGGACGACUGGAAGAGGCUCUCGCGACGAUCGCAUUGCUGCGGCAGCGCCCAGAGACGGAUGAGCUGGUGCAAGCGGAGUUCCUGGAAAUCCGCGCACAGAUCGAGGUACACGAGGAGAUUCGCGGCGAACGCCAUCCGGAGUACAUGGAUGGCAGCAUGAAGAGCAGCUUCAUGCUCGAAAUCUGGGCGUGGCUCGACUGCUUCCGCUCGGGUUGCUCAAAACGCACAUGGCUGGGUAUCUUGCUGAUGUUCUUUCAGCAGAUGGUUGGUAUCAACUCGCUCAUCUACUACUCGCCAUCAUUGUUCGCCCAGCUGGGACUGACGUACGAACUGCAACUGCAAAUGUCCGGCGUCGUCAACCUGGCGCAGCUGGUCGGUGUCAUGAUCUCCUUCGUGGUCAUCGACCGUCUCGGACGGCGCCCGUUGCUUUUGGGCGGCAGCGCCGGCAUGACAGCGACACUCGUCAUCGUCGCUGCGCUCGUGGCCAAGUUCAACGGCCAAUGGGCGUCGCACAGCGCCGAAGGCUGGGCUGGCGUCGCUAUGCUGUGCUUGUACAUGGUUGUGUUUGGAAUUAGCUGGGGCCCCAUCCCAUGGAGUAUGCCUUCAGAGAUCUUUCCUCAAUCGCUGCGCAGCAAAGGCGUCGCAUACUCCGUCGUGUCCAACUGGCUGUUCAACUUUGUCGUCGGCCUCAUCACUCCCGUCCUCGUCCAGAACACUGGCUAUGGCGCAUUCGUCUUCUUUGCCUGCUUCAGUUUCCUCUCGAUCAUCUGGGCCUGGUUCUUCGUCCCCGAGAUCGCUGGCAUCAAGCUGGAAGACAUGGACCGCAUCUUUGGGGAUCGCACCGGUGCAGCAGACAAGGAGCGCUUCGAGCGCAUCGAGCAGCGCCUCGCAGCAGAGGCGCAGGCGCGUGUGUGGCCCAAUGCAGGCGCUGGCCCUGGCGCCGCUGCGAAUGCUGGGUCCGGGUCGAGGGAUGAUGAUUUAAGAAAGAAGCUCUAAAGGGAAUGCAGUCGCUGCUCCUGUUACCUCGCUUGAUGCUACUUCUGCCAAGCUUGCUCUUGCUCGUCACCCAAUAUUUCUUCAUAUUCCAUGCCGCGCCCGGCCUGCUACGCGGGUAAAGCCGGGCACGCACCGGUCUUUCCUUCACACAUGUUGUAACAUCAAAUCUUGCUCACAAG